UGUUUCAGUAACAUGGAGAAAGAGAGAAAAUCCUCCGGACAGUACGGCUCUUUGGAGAAAACACAGGUGGGAGCAGAGAAGGAGAAAUCAGCGGAGGAUGUCGUUUCCAUGGCUGACUCCACGAUAACCAUCGAGGACAUCGAAGGAGAGCUGAGCAAAAUCGAGCGGAUACGAGACGUCCUCGUACGGAGAGAGUCAGAGCUCAGAUACAUGAUGGACGACAUCCAGCUGUGCAAAGAAAUUACACGACUGAAGACGGAGCUGCAGAAACUCAUCUCUAUUCCAGAUAAAGACAAGUCGAAGGAGGACAGGGAGCGAGAAGAGGAGCUGCUGCAGCAGAUCAACAAACUGGUGGAGACCAGAGACUUCCUGGUGGACGACGUGGAGUUUGAGCGGCUGAGAGAAAGAGAGGAGGACAGAGAAAUGGCUGCUUUCCUACAGUCCAAGUUCCCAAAGAAAUUACGUGUAAAAGGUUCUUGUAAAGAUCACAUUGUGGCGUCCAAGUCCCAGCAGACGCCGGCGCCGUUUAUCACAAAAACUGGACUCACAAUGAUGAAGGACUGCUGCGGAUUCACCUGCUCCGUCAUGUAG